GCUGACCUUAAUGCCACUUCUUGUCGCUGCCGAUAAAAGUAUAAGAACGAUCAUAUGCCACCUAGAUAGAAGCAUCUAUUCCAUUCUCAACUUUCGUUCAUCUCUAUUACUCACCUGAAUAAUACCACAACAUCAUCAUGAAGUUGACAAGCAACAUUGCCACCUUUAGCAUCAUGGCAUCCAUCCAUGCCAUGUCAGCUAUGGCACAGAACAUGUCGUACGGAGCCGACAAUUUCUACCGCAGCGACAAUGUCACCCUUCACCCCAUCACCUUCAACAACCAGUAUCGCAUGACGAUCACCGGCAACCUCUUCGUCCCCGACGACAUGACUGACAGCACCGAUGUCCCGGCCAUCAUCGUCGGCCACCCCAUGGGAGCAGUGAAAGAGGAGGCCGCAAACCUCUACGCCACAAAGUUGGCCGAACAGGGCUUCAUCACGGUCUCCCUCGACCUCUCCUUCUGGGGCGGCAGCGACGGUGAGCCGCGCAACGCAGUAUCGCCCGACCUCUACGCAGAGGCAUACAGCGCGGCAGUCGACUAUCUCGGCACACAGGACUUGGUCGACCGCGAACGGAUCGGUGUCCUCGGCAUCUGUGCCAGCGGUGGUUAUGUGAUCAGCGCGGCCAAGAUUGACCCUCGUAUCAGGGCCAUCGCGACGGCAAGCAUGUACGACAUGGGCGCUGUCAGCCGCAACGGACUGCGUCAUUCGCAAAGCCUCGAUCAGCGCAAGGAGAUUAUCGCCAGUGCGGCGCAGCAGCGCUGGACUGAGAUCAACGGCGGCGAGGUCCAGUAUACCGGCGGCACCCCAAACCAGCUCACAGCAAACUCGAGCGCAGUAGACCGCGAGUUUUACGACUUCUACCGCACGUCCCGUGGCGAGUUCACGCCUGCUGGCUCGUCGCCGAAUCUCACAACUCACCCAACGCUGUCGAGUAGCGUCAAGUUCAUGAACUUCUACCCCUUCAACGACAUCGAGUCAAUUUCGCCGCGACCUAUCCUCUUCAUCUCGGGCGACCAGGCACAUUCGCGUGAGUUUAGCGAAGAUGCCUACUCGCGUGCAGCUGAGCCAAAGGAGCUGUUCUGGGUGCCUGGUGCUGGUCAUGUUGACCUGUAUGACCGCGUGGAACUUAUCCCAUUCGGCAGAAUCACCCAGUUCUUCCAGACUAAUCUCGCUAACUAGGGUGUGAGUCUUGCGGAACGUGGUCUGUUAUGCCGCUCUAUUGUGGAAUCUUCCGGUCGAGAAGCUGUAUUGGACGGCAUCUAUGAUUGGUCAGUUCAGUUUGGAAAAGGCGAUUUACAUUUACCUUAAUGUACAAUUAGUCGAAAUCAUUUAGAAGGCCAGUCUUCAAUAAAUUAAUCUAGAGGAUGAAAGUUCUAC